UGGCGCCAGUUCUUGUGGUACGGAGGUGCAGCGGACGCGGUCGCGUGCACUCUUUGUUGCUAGUCUGUGGUGUGCGGUCAUUGGUCGUGAGUUCCCGCGUUUUUAUUUGAAUAUUGACAGUUCAGUGCGGAUUGUGAUCUGUGUGGAGUGGAUUGAUUUUGCAGAAAGACCAAAACCGACCAAUGGGGACCUACGCGGUGAUCUUACUCGCAUGGCUGGCGGUGGCCAGCGCGACCCUGGAGGUGGUGAACCAGUGGAGCCUGCUGCAGUUCGACUUCCCUCCAGACCCGGUGCUGCUGGAGAAGUACCAGCCGGAGAACACCGUGCCCACUGGGCUGGAGAUCGGCUGGGAUAGGAUCUACCUCGGCAUCCCGCGGCUGAGGGCCGGGGUGCCCGCCACCCUCGCCUGGGUGCCGAGGAGUCUGCCGCCCGGCGUCAGUCCUGUGCUGCAGGCCUACCCCGACUGGUCGUGGCACUCGGCCGGGCGCGGGGACAUCAACUGCACCGGCCUCAUCUCGGUCUACCGGAUGCGAGCUGACCGCUGCAACCGGCUCUGGGUGCUGGACGCCGGCGUCAUCACCAGCCUCGAUGACUUCAGGAGAGUCUGCCCGCCCAAGAUACUCAUCUUUGACAUGGCUACUGAUCGGCUGGUCCGAAGCGUGUACUUCCCGCGCGAGCUGCUGCGGCCCUCCUCCCUGCUGACCAAUAUCGUGCUUGAUGAUACCCGAUCCAGCUCGCACCGCCUCACCGCCACCUGUGACAACAUCUUCGCGUAUAUCAGCGACACCGUUGCUCCCGGCAUCAUCGUCUACGACGGGCGUCGCGACAACGCGUGGCGAGUGACCCACGCGUCCAUGUACCCGGACCCGGACAUGGGCGAGUACGACAUCGGCGGCGACCGCUUCACGCUCAUGGACGGCGUGGUGGGGCUCACGCACUCGCCCGCGCAGGGCCUGCUCUACUACCAGCCGCUCGCCACCGACAGACUCUUCAGCGUGUCAACAGCCGUGCUGGCCGCCGGCCCCCCGGCGGAGGGCACCGACCUGCCCGUGAACCUGGUGGGACGCAAGUCUUCACAAGGACUCGGCAUCGCAGUUGACCCCCGGGAUGACACUAUCAUCUUCAGCCCCAUGAGUGAGACCGCUAUUGCAGCGUGGAACCCGUUGGCUAACACUCAUAGGGUGCUAGCCCAAGACCCGGAGAAGCUGCAGUUCUGCGCGGAGGUGCGGUGGGCGGAGCGCGACGGCGGCGCCGUGUGGGCGCUCUCCACGCGAUUCCACAAAUACUUCAAGAGGACCGUGUCCAAGCAUGAGAUCAACGUGCGAGUGGUCCGCAUAGUGGAGGGCGGGCUGGGCGGCGGCUACGGCGGCCGCGGGUUCAGCGCGCCCCCUCAGAUCUUCCGACGGUCCACACGUUUUGCCAACGCUACCAAGACUCUCAAACACUAACCCCAUUAACCUUAUGAUGAAGGAGAUUGUUGGACGUCAAGGGAAAAGUUACUUUUCUUUUUAAUUGUUUGGACACUUGGAUGUUUGGUUGUUCUUUUUGAAGACGUAAAUUAAAUGGUUCUGUUCGGUCUAAAGCCAAUUAACAUCAAAUUUAUUUUGAAAAAGUAUGAUUUCGGGAUUUAGUAUCUGAUGCAUAGGCUUUGACUUUAUCUGGAGAUGGAGAUAUAGAAUGAAACAGGACAUUUUAUUUUCAAACUUUAUUGGAUCAGAAUGAUAAACUUACACAACAAAUUUAUACUCUCCUUCAUUGAAGUUUAUCUAGAAGAGGCUUUCAUUUUUAUUUGAUGAUAGAAAAGCUUGAUUACUCCCACCAGUUUACUCUCAUAAUUUUCAGAAGAUCUCACAAUAAAACUGUGUGAGAAAAGCUUACAAAUUUCAUAUAAAAAUAUUUAAGCAAGUAACGUUUAUAUAGUUUUCGUAAAAAAUACAAUAAAAGAUCUUUCGCAAGAAGAUGGCUUGUACAAACAUUUAAUGCAAGCUCUCCUAAGCUUUGUAAUCAUUUAUUUAAAUUGUACCGGAACGGUAUUUAACAAUAAUUCAAAUGAUUUUUAAAAGUGAUUUACCUAUUAUUUAUGCUCUUCUACUUAAAUAUACCAUAAGUAGCUUAAUAUGAUCGCUUAUAACAGACUUCAAAAUUUAACG